CCAGUCCGCAGACAGCAUUGACAGCGAAUCCAGACAUGUUUGCAGAUUUUACAGACACAUUUACCCUCUAUUACCCCCACAAAACACCCCACAACACGUGAAAACUCUCAGUAAUUCGUAAUUACAACAGAAAUUAUGAAAAACCGACCGUCCAAUUCAUGAUUCUCGCGAGAUCUGAUCACCGCCCUAACCUCACUCUCUCGCUGGACAUUUUGGAGCUGAAACUGAGGUUAAAACUGCUCUGGCAACAGCACAUGGUUGAGAGGAAGGAAAACAUGCGAAGAUAAGAAAUAUUUUUGUGUUGAUCAUUGGAAGUUGUGAUUGUUUAUUGAAGUCGCCUUGAAGAGCUGCAGUUUUUCUCAAUGCUUCGGUUAUUAAGGACCUGUAGGAUCAAUAGUAUUCUUCCUUCCUUCGUAAAAAAUCGUAGUGCGAUGUCAACCCAAACAGAGCUGAACGCAGCUCCCAGCGAAGCUGUGCCGGACAGCAACAAGAGGCCCCUCGAAGAACAGGUCGAUAAUUCAGAAAUAAAAAAGAAGAAGUUUGAUAGGAUAAAGAAGAAGAAUUUCGCCUUUAUGCUUGGAUACCUGGGUAAGGACUACUACGGCAUGCAGAGGAACCCCAACAUGAGGACCAUCGAGGAGGACUUAAUCACAGCCAUGUUUAAGGCUAAAUUGAUUGAUGAGGAGGCCUUUGAGACGAUUCAGUACACUAAUUUCCAGAGGGCUGCGAGGACGGACAAGGGGGUGUCUGCCACGAGACAAAUCUGUUCUGCUAAACUUCCUGAUUACGCAAAUAUUGACGACAUAAAUCAGUUUCUACCGAAGGAAAUCCGUGUAUUCGGAAUAAAACGGGUCACAAAAGGCUUCAACAGUAAAUCCCAGUGCAACGCGAGGACCUACACCUACACCCUCCCAACAUUUGCAUUUGCCCCUGACGACACAACCCUGAUGGACCGAGGUCCCCCCACAGAGGAGGAGCUCGCUAAGCGUGUGGAGGAGCUCAAAAUAAUCGACGGCAAACCGUACACAGAGUUCAGAAUGAGCCCUGAAUUGCGAGAGAAGGUGAAUUCAGUAUUAAAGUUGUUCGAGGGGACCCACAAUUUCCACAAUUUCACGUCCAGAGUGAGAGCUUUCGAUCCUCGAGCCAACAGGUACAUGAUGAAGUGCCAGAUCCUGGAGACCCACAUCUCCAAGGACAACAUUGAAUUCGCAACUCUUCAAGUUAAAGGACAGAGCUUCAUGCUUCAUCAGAUCCGGAAAAUGGUGGCACUUACUAUUUCCAUUGUUAGAAAUCUUGCGACUGAAGAGGCGGUUGAGGAGAGCUUCAAACCAGAUAAGUGGGACAUUCCGAUUGCUCCUGGAUUGGGAUUGGUCCUCAAUCAUGUGCACUAUGACAAUUAUAACAAAAGAUAUGGUGCUGAUGGAAUUCACGAGCAGUUGGAGUGGAGUGACUGCGAGGAGGCAGUCCAGAAAUUUCACAACGAAUUCAUUCUCCCACAUAUCGAGGAAACAGAAUUGAAGGAGCAAUCGAUGCUGCUAUGGCUGGGUGACCUGGCAAUGCACAAAAUAGGUCCACAUGACGAAGACGAGGAGAAUAAUAAGCAAAAACAAGAUGAUGAUGAGGACGCGGAUAUCAAUGAGUAGAAUUGUUCAUUUCAAGAAUACUGGGAACUGUUUUAUAAUGUCUGUGACAAAUAAAUGAUGAAUAUAAUUGGA